CCCAUGCUGGGUAUAACAGCAAACAAUAAUCUACUGACGGCAGCAUCUGCAGUCAGGGAUCGCUGAAGUCUGGCAGCUGACAGACAGAAAGACGUUUCAGAUGCACUGACUUGAAAAUACUGGGAAUUUUUAAGCCUUGAGGAAGGAUAUUUCCCACAAUGGAGAAUGAAGCUCACAGUCUCUUUGAUAAGUUCCUGCAAGGAAAGACCUGUAAGGAGACGCUGAGUGUCUUCCAGGAGUUGUGCAGCUUUCUGCGCCUGGAUCCCAGGGACCAUCGCAGCUUCUACCACAAGCUGAAAGGCAACCUCAAUUACUGGAAGGCCAAAGCCUUAUGGGUUAAGCUGGAUAAACGAGCAGCACAUCAGGAUUACGAAAGAGGCGAGUCAUGUGUCAACACAAAGUGUUUGGUCCUAGGGUCUGGCCCGUGUGGUCUCCGAACUGCCAUUGAGCUUGCAUUUCUUGGGGCCAAAGUGAUUAUCAUCGAGAAAAGAGGUGAUUUUUUGCGGAACAAUGUACUACAUCUAUGGCCAUUCACCAUCCACGACCUGCGAGCUCUUGGAGCCAAGAAGUUUUAUGGAAAAUUCUGCUCUGGUUCACUUGACCACAUUAGUAUCCGACAACUGCAGCUAAUUCUUCUAAAAGUGGCCCUCAUCCUGGGUGUGGAGAUCCAUGUAAAUGUGGAAUUUAAAGGAUUAAUUGAACCUGCAGAAGACAAAGGGACGGGAUGGCAAGCUCGUCUUCACCCAGCUGGUCACCCAGUGUCUGAUUAUGAGUUUGAUGUGUUUGUCUCUGCUGGUGGAGGCAGAUAUGUUCCUGAAGGAUUCAAGAAGAAAGAAAUGAGAGGAAAAUUGGCAAUUGGAAUCACGGCCAAUUUUGUUAACAACCACAGCACAGCGGAAGCUAAAGUCCAGGAGAUUAGUGGAGUUGCCUACCUCUACAACCAGAAGUUUUUCCAACAGCUCUACAAGGAAACAGGCAUUGAUCUGGAAAACAUCGUCUAUUAUAAGGAUGAUACUCAUUAUUUUGUGAUGACUGCAAGAAAAAAGAGCCUGCUGAAAUAUGGAGUCAUUCAUGAGGACAAGCAGGAUGCGGAUUCUCUGCUCUCAGCAGACAAUGUUGAUUCUGACUCCCUCCUACGCUAUGCUCGUGAUGCUGCGAAUUUCAGUACCAAGCACCAGCUGCCAAACUUAGAAUUUGCCACAAAUCACCAGGGAAAGCCGGAUGUUGCCAUGUUCGAUUUCACCUGCAUGUACAGGUCAGAAUACUCUGCGCUGGUCAAGGAACGGCAUGGACGCCGGUUGCUGAUUGCCUUGGUGGGAGAUUGUCUGGUGGAGCCUUUCUGGCCUCUAGGGACUGGAAUUGCACGUGGGUUCCUCGCAGCCUUUGAUGCUGCAUGGUUAGUGCGCAAGUGGAGCAAAGGGAUUGCCGCUUUGGAGCUCCUGGCUGAGAGGGAGAGUAUCUAUCAACUGCUGUCUCAGACGACCCCUGGAAACACAAGCAAGAACAUUAGUCAAUACAGCAUUGACCCACUUACUCGAUAUCCCCAUAUCAACCUCAGCUAUUUCAAACCUAACCAGGUGCAACAUUUGUAUGAUACAGGGCAAACCAUAGAUAGAGAGAACACGACCAGCCAGCCAAAGGGGAAAAUGCAUCGAAAUGAUUCUGUUGCAGAAUAUGAGGAGCUCCUACACUGGUUCCAAGUACACACAGAAGGGUACAAGAAUGUAAAGAUUGUUGACCUGACAACGUCGUGGAAGAGUGGCCUGGCAUUGUGUGCACUCAUUCAUCAUUUUCGCCCCGACCUUAUUGACUUUGAGAGUUUGAAAGAAGAAUCUGUGGCAGAAAACAACCAACUAGCGUUCAACAUUGCAGAAAAGGAGUUUGGAAUCUCACCGAUAAUGACAGGGAGAGAGAUGGCUAUUCUCACUAAUCCUGACAAACUCAGCAUGAUCAUGUACCUGACCCAGUUCAAUGAAUUCUUCAGGAAUUUAUCCCCAGAGAAACAAGGCUUUAGGAAAAAGGCAGCAAUGACUCUGGCAUCUGCAAAGUCAGCACUCAUGUUCCUCAAUACACUCCGUAAAAAUGUGGCCAGCAAACGAAACUCUAAGGAAAUAGCAGAUUUUGACAAUGAGUCUGAGAAAAAGCGACAAAAGGCAGAGGCUGAACAAGAGACAUUACCAACAGAAGAUGCAAAUAAGUCCCUGGUUGGGGAAAAAGCAGUGGAUUCACCGUUGAUUGAGGACAACAAGGAAGAAAAUGAGCAUCCAAAGGAAUCUAUUGAAACAACUGAUGAAGUUAAAAGACAGGUGGAAAGCCCCAGCAGCAGUGAGGUCUGCUACCUGUGUAAGAAACGGGUCUACGUGGUGGAACGCUUCAGUGUUGAGGGCCACUUCUUCCACCGCAGCUGCUUCUCCUGUCACCAGUGUGGUACCACCCUGCGCCUCGGAAGCUACGCCCUUGAUAGCAGAAAUGGCAAGUUCUAUUGCAGUGUUCACUACACCAGUUCCGAAGAGAGAAUUGAGGAUGAAUCAGAUUCUACUGCAAAUAAAGAUGCUGUGGAUGGGCAAAUGGAGUGGUGCAGUACUUUGGAGAAGAUUGAAGAUCACAUGCCAACAGUGGAUAAAACUGAAGAGACUGGCUUUGAUAAAGACCAGGAAAAGAAGCUGACGGAAGGCAAUGAUCAACAUGAUGAGGACACAGAAUCAGCAGGAAAAUAUGUAGAGGAAGAUAUAAAUGAAGGUCUUCAUGAUUUGGGAGAAAUUAUAAAGCCAGGGGAUGAAGAAAACAAACUCAAAGAAAAAGGUCCUUUUGAAAGUACAGAACAUAGCAGAGUGCCUGUCAUGAGGCAUCUUCCGUCACCUGGCAGGAACCCAUCACAAAUCAUGGAUCAGGUACAGACAUUUAGCGCUCAAUCUAUGGUAGACCACCAGAGGUCCAACCGUGAACCCAGUAGUAACUCCAAUCUUGCAGCAGGAUCUGGAAGAAGUUCCACGGAUUAUAAAAAUAAUGUUGAACCAGCUAAUGCAGAAGAUGAACAGCAUGGUGAAGCAUGUUAUACUCCAUCAGCUACCCAGUCUACAGUUACAUCACAUCUCAAUGGCACAAACAACAUCCUGACUUCUUUUGAACCUGUACUUGAUGACAAUGCUAGGCCAGCUGGUAAUAAAAUUAAAAUUAAUGCUGAUAUCUCCAAGACAACUUCUGGUAAGAAUAUCCAAGCAAAUCCUGAGUUCCCCGAGUCUUCACCUUCAUAUCCUGGCAAACCCUUGCACAUGGGCAAUGCCAACAGGGCAAUAGACACCAUCAGCUGUAAGGAUGCUUCCACAAAUGAACACCAGAGUUGUACAACUUCUCCUGAUGUUAAUAGUAUAAGCAUUAAAAUUAGCGUAGACAACAGUGAAAGGGAAUCUGAGUCUCAGAGUCUUCCAACAGAACCAUCUUCAGUGAACAAUGACUUCAAACUGGCCAUGGAAGAGGAGAAAAACAAUAACACAGUCCCAAAGAAGAAACUGGCUCUUUCAUCAAGCAUAAGGCGCAAACUGGCCAGACUUAGUAUAACUUCAGAAUCUGACUCAGAAGGUCAGGAUGAUGACCUGCCACACAAUGAACUCUUUCCAUCAAUUUGCAUCAGUACAGAAAUCCAAGACUCGGGUCAGGAACGGGAGACACCAAGUAACUCCUCAUCUGCACUGAUGACAGGAAACAGCUCCAAAAUUGAAGAGCAAGAAAGAAGUCAGGCUUGUUGGGAGAUGUCACGUCCAAUCUUAAAGGACAAAUCUUGUCCAAAUACAAAUCAGCCAUUGUGUGCCAUCAACCAAUUAGAAGUGCCAAAGGAUAAAACCACAGGCAAAUUAAUACAAGAAGAGAAACCAAACGAGAAAGACUCAGGUUCUGAGACAUCAAAGUUUAAGUUGCCUAAUUUUUCCAAAGUGUUUUCUCGUAAAUUUAAAGAAGAGAAGAAAAGUAAAGAGCCUAUAAGUGCUACUCAGUUGCCAAAAGCAGAGAUAUCAGUAGCUCAAGUAUCUUCUGUGUCCCAAGAGGAAGUGAAAUCUUGCAGUUUGAAUGAUGAGGAACUGGAUGAAGAUGAAGAGGAGUCUUUAAGUGAAGAUGAAUCAGAUUACUGCCCUGAGCCACCAGUCAAAACUAAGCCAAGUCCUGAAGAGAUGGCUGCUCGGCGGGAUACAUUGCGAAAGAGAACUAUUGAACGCCGUGCAAAACAGGAAGAAAUGGCACGGCUUUUGAAAGCACAGAUGAUUCAGAGACGGUUGGAAGAGAUUGAACAGAUGUACCUUGAACUGGAGCAGAAAGGGAUUCGUCUGGAGGAGGAAAUGCGCAAAGGUACAGGAGACCAAGUGGGGAUGAUGCAGUCCUGGUUCACUCUGGUGCAGGAUAAGAACAAGCUCUUAAAUGAGGAGUCUGAGCUGAUGAUCAGUGGCCGCGAGCUGGAAUUGCAGGAUCAGAAGAGCAGACUGGAACAGGAACUGAGAGUGUAUAUGAAUAAGGAUCCAUCAAAGAAGUCAAAGGAGGACCAUCUUGAAGAGGAGAGGCUUUUCAAGGAGAUGAUUGAGGUGGUGAAGAUGAGGGACAAGUUGGUGACAUUCUUGGAGGAGCAGAGACUCCAGGAGCAGGAGCCACACGCCGUCUUUGUUCCAGGAGCUGCAGCCAGAGAUCUCUCCACCAGUUCCUCCAUUGCCUGGACAUGAUCACUCUUCAGCCUCAGAUGGGAGUGAUGUUCCAAGACAAAGCCAUGCCUCUGAAUAUCCAUGAAAGGACACCUCGGCUUCCAUAAUUAUUGAAAGAAAUUUUAAGCAACGUAUUUUGAGAAAUUAUUUUUUAAGAGUGCUCCUCAAUAAUUUUUCCUUUUUAUUAAAAUCAUGGUUUUAUUUCCCCUCACUGAACCACAGACAUUUCUAGCAUCAGCAUUGGCUCUAGGUCCCUCUUAUCAUCUACUCUUUCCAGUGCAGUGAAGGGUCGUGGGAACUUGAACCCAACAAGAUAAGUGCUGUCUUCUAAAUUAUUGCAAACUAUUUUUUCUUUAUGUAUAAAUUAUGUUUGAGGUAAUGUAGUGCACUGCAUCUGCCUUACCAGGUGAUGCUGUGAGCCUGUUCACACACAACCCAGAGAAUGUGAUCGCCAUGUUUUCACAGUGUGGGUCAAACCCGUUCAUGUUCUAACCUACUUUGAGGAUGAAUUUAGCACUCCAGAACUUUAUUCAGAUGAGUCUGCUCCCUUCCCCCACACAAAACAUCCCACACAGCUCUUGAAGAGGAGUAGAAAGUUAUCCUCAACAUUCUGGCCAACGGUUUGCUUUUAUUUCCAGCAUCUACAGUUUUUCUUUGUUUUUUGGUUAAACUGUAAAUCAAUACUAUAAAAUCAAAGUGCUUGAAACACAGCAAGACAAGCUGCAUCGGUAGAAAGAGAAACAAAAUUAACAUCAGUGUGAGAUUAACCGUCAGGAUUGGGAGUUUUCUCCCAACUUCUCUGCUACUGAGAACUAAACUUGUUUACUCUUUCCAGGUUCUUAGACUUGAAAUAUAAACUGUUUCUCUUUUCAAAAAUAUUUGCUGGCUUAUUUUUCUAUUUUUAUUUCAGAUUUCCAUUAACUGUGGUUUUUUAAUUUCAAUUUGCUCUUAAAUCCAUUCUGCUAGUUUGACUAUUUUGCCAUCAGGAAUAACUACUUCGUCUUUACCUUGUCUCGGAAUCCCGUAAUUUCAAAUAUAUUUAUUAAAACUACAAAAUAUUUAAUGCUCUAAUCAAAACAACUCCAGCCUAGCUAGUCUUUUCACAUGGCUGUAAACAACAUGAUCUUAAAUCUCUAGACCUUCUCCAAUGACAUCACGUCAGUAAUGUGACCAGCACUGUACCCAGUAUUACUAAGUUCUUGAAUAUGAGAGAGAUAGGGUGCCUAAGACUUUUGUAUAGUACUGUAGUAAUUUUAUAUAUUGCACUGUACUGCCACAAAAAAAGUUCAUGACUGAAGUGAGUUAUGAUAAACCUGAUUCCAAUAUGGGUCUCAAUUGUGGACUGAGAGUUGUUAGGGGGCAGGAAGUACCAGAGACAUGUUCUGUAAUUAUUAAUCAACCAAUUGUUUGGAAUCAAAUUACCUUGCCUGGUGUCUCAGAGCUGGGUGUGUCUGCACCCGUGCCACUCCCACCCCCUGCCCUGACAUUCCUGCUCUGCUACGUGUCCCACACCCCACUCCACACUAAUUAUUCCCAAUAUCCUUUCCUCCCACCAGAUUUACAAACUCGCUCUCCACUCCACGUUGACAAAUAUGGUACUGUGCAAAAGUCUUGUGCAUCCUAGCUGUGUGUUUGCUGUCCCCAGAUUUGUUCAUUCAUUUCAUUGAAUUCUAUUUAUUUAUUAUAAUUUCCCCCGUGUGACCAGCUUGAUGCUACCUUCCAACGGCUUAAACUUCCUCAAUUUCCCACCAGCAACAUUAGAAGAAACAUCUCUUACAGUAGCUCAAAGUUCUCGCCCUCAGCCAAAACAGAAAGGGAAACCAAUCCCAUUAUUACACUCACAUCAACAUUAACCCCAAUAAUCCUGUAGAACCCUUGGCUACUGUGCCCCACCUCACAGGUUUGAUUUGUGGGUUCAGUGUAUGGAGAACUGCGGCCUAGAACUUCCAGUGCAUCCAAAAGCUUACAUUGCAUAUGCUCAUUGGAGCAGGGCACCACGCUGGUAGCUGACCCCAUUGCCACGCAUGGGUGAGUCCGAAAGGGCAUUGACCAUUUUCUUAGCUGAAAAGAUGCUGCCUGGUUGCCUGUCUGAGUUGGUUCUCAUUCUAGGGGAUUGGCACAGGCCAGAUUGGUCGAUGUAGUGGUCAGGGAUGGGAUAGAGAAAGGAGGCCUACAGGUAAAGAGGCAACAGAGCCCUUGUCCCAUUGAGGUGUUUUCAGGACUUGGUGAGAUGAGCAGGACCUUUAGAAAUAAGGGCUUCACAAAGCAGGUGACCCAGGCCAGUACUGUGGUGGGAAUUUCUGUGUUAUUCUUGGAGAAAAGAUGAGUUGGUGUGGUGGGAGGGUCAGGAAUUAUGUGAAAGAAGCAUCACACAGGGAACAAUGUCAUUCUGUGCGCAUGAUGUGGUUUGUAAGGGCAACUUAAUCCUGAAAGUAACUCCCCUCCCCACUCCCACCUCCUCACCCCCAACCAGAAAUGGUCAUCAUUGCAUUUCACUCCGGAAAAGGACUUUAUUUUUGAAUUGUAUAAUGUUGAAAACAUUUGAAUUAAAAGCGCAGAAAUAA